ACAAAACCCACUGCUGAGGACAUUGCCAAAGAACAUGGUGUAAGUAUUCAAGAAGUUGACCCCUGUCAAGCGACUGCUAUUGUAGUUCAUGGAGGGGAACUACGGGAAAUGAACGCUGAGGAUUUGGAUGCAGUCAUUGUUUUCGCACGUACGUCCCCACAACAAAAGUUGAUAACUGUAGAAGCUUGUCAAAGCCGGGGUGAAAUUGUUGCUGUCACGGGAGAUGGUGUGAAUGAUUCACCAGCCCUAAAACGAGCUGACAUUGGUGUGGCAAUGGGCAUUUCUGGUUCUGAUGUGUCCAAGCAGGCUGCUGAUAUGAUUUUACUUGAUGACAAUUUCGCCUCUAUAGUUGUAGGGAUUGAAGAAGGCCGAACUAUUUUUGAUUAUCUCAAAAAAUCUAUCGCAUACACAUUGACGUCAAACCUACCAGAAAUAAUGCCCUUUCUAUGUUUUGUUGUAUUUGAUAUUCCAUUGGCUUUAGGUACUAUAGCAAUCCUAUGUAUUGAUAUUGGUACUGAUAUGUUGCCUGCUAUAUCGCUGGCUUAUGAAAAAGCUGAGUCCGAUAUAAUGGCCCGCAUGCCGAGAGAUCCUUUCAAAGACCGAUUGGUGAAUAAGAAAUUAAUUUUAAUGGCCUAUUUACAAAUUGGAGUUAUACAAACGGUGGCAAGUUUUUUCACAUUUUUUGCAAUAAUGGCUGAAUAUGGAUUUAUGCCUAAGCGAGUUAUUGGAAUUCGAAAAGACUGGGACUCGAAGGAUAAUGAGAAUCUUCAAGACAGCUAUAAUCAAGAAUGGACCUACAGAGAACGUAAGGUUCUUGAAUAUACUGCAAGCACAGGGUUUUUCGUAACAAUUGUAGUAACUCAGUUUUUUGACUUAUUCAUCUGCAAAACUCGUCGAAACUCAAUCUUUCAACAGGGAAUGGGCAAUCAUGUGCUCAAUUUUGCUUUGGUUGUUGAGAUUGUUAUUGCCUGUCUCCUAUGCUACGUUCCCAUUUUUGAAAAAACUUUAAGAAUGUAUUCCGUAAAGUUUCUUUGGUGGAUCUACGGCUUACCGUUUGGACUGUUAAUUUUUUGUUUUGAUGAGGCUCGCCGCUUUCUUAUAAGGAGGAACCCUGGAGGCUGGGUUGAGCAAGAGACCUAUUAUUAAUAUUUGGUGUAAAAAAAAUAAUCUUAUAUUAUAAAAAAAUUCCGUCGUUGUGUUAUGAUGUCAGAAUUUCUGUGAAUUUAACAAAAUUAAAUGAUCUUAGAAAAAUAAAUAUCCUCGUUCUAAA